AUGUUCCGUCCCAAAAUACACAAUGGAGGUUUAGUCCCGACUUUGAGUCAGGGUGUGCGUGUGCUGCGGGGCAACACCGCCCGCUUGACACGGUCGGAAAAAACGGCCCUCAGGGCUUUCGAAGUGACCACGGAUGAGCGUCUAGCUAACGACGAUGUUGAGGGUUCUUUCGUGGAGCACAUGGAAAAGCAUAGGCGCCUAGCUCGGCACGAACAGCGGUACGUGCUUCUGCGUAGUGUUCCGCCAACCUCCAAUAUGGUAGAGAAGUUUUUCAGCAUUGCCCGAACGACGUUCGGGCACGAGCGCAACGGACUGCAACCAAUUACACUGGAGCAGAUCCUGUUCCUUCGCCAGAACGCAGGCUACUGGGAUGCAAGUACUGUAGAUAGAGCCCGCCAAUAA